UCAUCUGAGCCUCGAUCCAUCUUUCACCCAAACGUGCUUUUGGGAACCCACUUCUUGUUUUGCUAUACAUUUAUAUGGUGGUAGUGCUGCUGUCGUGAGCCACCUUAAAUCAGAUGUGGGACCAGAUUGGAUGUGUUUGCUCUGAGGAGUUGCAGCCAAACGGCAAGAAUUCCCAACAGAAUUCUGGUGACAGAAGAAAAUGCAGUAACUAUACCAACACACUUAAAGAACUGGCUCAGAUGUUGCCCAUCCCUAUGCGGAGUAGCUGCAAGAGGCUGACAAAGAAAGAAAUUCUCCUCCGGGUCCUCCACUACAUUGAACAUUUGCAGGCGAGCGUUGAUACGGCCAGAUCGGUUCUCCAGGUCCGUUGCGGAGAACAGAAAGGAGGGUCUGAGCAGAUGGCGGCAUCUGCCCUGAAGAGAGGACAGAGAGAAGCCACACCACGAGCAAAGAAAACCAAGCCUCUGGGCGUCUGCAAGAAACCUAGGAAGAGGAGACGCACUCGCAAAUCAGAGCGGCGCGGGGUGAGCAAAAAAGCGUGCAAGUGCCUUGCUUUGGAGACUGGGAAGGGCUCUUCCCAAUCUGACAUGCGCAGAGAGGAGAGCAUGUCUGCCGUGGAAGAGGUGUCUGCGCUCCUUUCGUCCUCCCAGAAGCAAUCCCCUUUCUUUCCCAGCUUCCAAGUUCCUGUGUCAGAAUAUUACCGGCCUGCAAGCGCUCCCUUUCUGGACAUCACCAAAGACUGGAACUUGGGUCGCAGCCAAGAGGAAAGCAAGGAUGGAGAUGUGUUUUCUGUGUGUGCAGCACAAGUAGCGUACGAAGAGCUGCGUCAGUAUUCUGAAGGACCUGGACAUUCACCAAUGGGGCAAGAACUUGUGCAUUAUUAUUCCUCUUGUGAGGAAGAAGAGGAAGAAGCAUCCAGAGACAGCCCUUGGCUCUCCACCCAGUCCCCAGUGAACAGUUCCCAUGCAGGAAGCAUGCAGCUAUGUUCCCCUCGGAUUGAGGCCCAAAGCAACACUUGCUCGGAUUUGGGGCUGAGCCCUUCCCUUUUCACCUCUCCUGCGCGGCUGCUUCCUAGGCAUAUCCUCCACGGCAGCCAGGAUGAGCUUUCCCCAGUGUUAUUUGAAGAUGUGUAUCUGUCCCCUCAGUCUAGCAGUUUUUCUCAGGCCCUUUCAGGAACCCUCUUGAGAAAGUCAGCAUUCACGCUGGAUCACUGCUACCUUUCCUACAACGAAACAGGUAAAAGCAAUUCCAGCCCCGUGUCACGAAUGAAUGGGAGAACAUCUUUAUGGAACAAACAGUAUCUUCAAGAGGAAACGGCCACCGCCAGGCCUGAAUUCCCAGUGUCUUCCAGUGAUGAGAACAGCGACAGCACCUGGACACCACCAUCCAAGAGGGUGAGGCCAUCUCAGGUCAGCUGCCAGAAGAAGAUGAAGAAGGUGGUCAGGAGGCAAAGGCGCCGGCCAGCAGCCUGUGAGAAACGUAGCAACGCAUCUCCUCUGCAGCUGAAAAAGAAGUGCGUGAACGGCUUCAUCAUGUUCUGCCGCCUGAACCGCAAGCACUACAUCCGCGCUUGCCCAGGCAUGGCCUCCACAGUUGCUACGAGAGAGCUGGCCCAGCUGUGGCGUAUGAUGACGAAGCAAGAGCGGAAGCCAUAUUGCAUGAAAGCUCGGCGGUUCAGCCGCCUGAAUAAUCGCAUCGUGAGGGACGACUUCUCCAGUGGGGAGGAGGACCCAGAGCCUCCCAAACCUUUCCACAUGCUGCUCGCUGAAAAAUCCCUCCAUGGCUCCCAGACCUUUGGUGACCUCUCUUUACUCAAGCUUAUCCCCUGACUCUUCGCACUGUAACGGUAAUGGCGUAUCCAUUCAUGGGAAAGAUGGCCCUUUACUCCGGUCUAUUAUCAAUGGUUACAGAAUUUUCCAGCUGAAUGAAGUGUGUGCUCCCUCCCCCUUUUCACCAACAUGCCAGACAACAGGGGCUCCAUGCACCCCAUUGGCUGGGACAGUAAUGUAGGGGGUGUAGAAAAAAAGGGAGGAGACAGGAGUCCCUUUGUUGCCACCUGUAGCACAUAAACACUCCCCUGUUUUCUGCCCCCUUCUGCUGCUUGCACCCCACAUCAGCUGCUGUGCCUCUGGCUUUCCAGAAGGUGGUUCCUGAGAAGGAAAAGCACAGGUGGACUUUUCCCAGUAACCACAUGCAUUUUAUGUUAUACUCCACCAGAGACCCACAAUGGCUUCCACUGUGUUUAAGGCUACCAAAGCUGGCCUCUGGUGGUCUGCAACAUAAUGUUAGCGACAUUGGCAAGGGGAAGGGAAUCCCUGGGCCUGGGUGGUAGGACCAUGCUUGGCCAACUGAAGUUUUGGCAGUUUACAUGGGACUUAACCUUUGUUUUAGGACAGGGGUGGGGAACCGGUGGCCCUCCUCCUGUUGUUAGGUCCUGUAACCCCCAUUAGUCCUAGCCAAAUGUCUAAAUGGUCAGGAAUAAUGGAAGUUACACUCCAGCAAAAUCUGGAGGGCCACAAGUUCCCUGCCCCUAGCCAAGGAGCACUACUCCAUUUGAAAUGAAUGUGUUUGAUUUUGAAAAAAGGAUCCGCGUGGCUUUUUAAAAAAAGUUUUUUUAACCCUGACUAGCACCAUGUCUAGCACAAUCGAAAGUUGGGUGCCUGUUUUUCAAAACCCCAGGUCCAUAUUUAUUGCCAAAGAUUUUAACUCGCCAUCCCCUUCACCAGAGUUUAGCUCAGGGAGUAAGUUUUAUCCUGCCCAGUCAGUUUAGUUCCUAGUACCUUAAGUUUGUAGGAAAAUUUUGCUGCAGCAUGAAAUGCAAUUUCUGAAGUCCACAUGGACUCGUUUGCUCCACAGCAGAUUUGAUGCUUUGUUACAUAGUGAGUUGCUUCAUGUGCUCUUUUGCUGUUUACCUGGAGCAAAUGAAUGAGUUUGAAGUUUGUUCUGGGUAGCAUUGUGUCCCCACUGACACAAUGGGCCUGUACAGCAGAAAUCUUGAGGAAGGAACAAUUCUAUAUCUUUGGUCUGUGGUUGAAAGGGAGUCAGAAAGACUCACUUGAUACUGAGCUAACAAGGGUGGGUGCUUCACAUUGAGAAAGUAGGGCGUCAGGAAGAUUGUACUUAUGAAGUGAGUGUCUAUACAACAUUUGUAGUUGGUUUACAUCCUGCCUGGGGGAAACCUUCUCAGUCACCCAUCCUUUAACCCACCUCUUAAAUUAUCCCUCCCCCUGUUCACAAUCAGUUUGUGUUUGAAAUUCUGUUGCAGGCUUGAAUGGGCUUUUACCACAGUUGUAUUUAUGUAUUUAUAUAUUUAUUGGCAGGUUUUGUCCUCAUCUCUAUUUAUAUUUAAAAAUAAAAGCUAGAUUUAAACUAA